AUGAACAUCACCCCAACAGAAUUAUCAGUCAGCCCAGAGUUGGAGGCCAACCAGGCAGUAAAGAGUCCAAGUCCAGGGAAGUCUCUCAGUCCCGUGCUGAUGUGUAAGGUGUGCGGGGACACCAGCAGUGGAAAGCACUAUGGCAUCUACGCUUGCAAUGGCUGCAGCGGCUUCUUCAAGAGGAGUGUCAGAAGAAAGCUCAUCUACAGAUGCCAGGCUGGUACAGGGAUGUGUCCAGUGGAUAAAGCCCAUCGGAAUCAGUGCCAGGCCUGCAGACUGAAGAAGUGUUUGCAGGCUGGAAUGAAUAAAGACGCUGUACAGAACGAACGGCAGCCGCGAAGCACUGCCCAGGUGCGGGUGGACACAGCCGAACUGGACCCCGACAAAGAGCACAUUGCCACGACCAGGGAGAAUACUUCAUCAUCCGUUACCACGCAGCGACCCAUUUCCUCCAAUACCAAUUCCAACCAGAGGACCAGCAGCCCACAGAACAACCACAGGUUCAUGGCUAGCCUAAUGACAGCGGAGACCUGCGCCAAACUGGAACCCGAGGACGCGGACGAGAACGUUGACGUGAUGAGUAAUGAGCCCGAGAGGACAGCCACCGAAUACCAGAUGUCCACCUACCCGCCCAGCAGCCCUGAAAGUGUUUACGAAGUUUCAGCCAGGCUGCUCUUCAUGGCAGUGAAAUGGGCCAAGAACCUGGCAGUGUUUUCCAACCUGCCCUUCAGAGACCAGGUAAUUUUGCUGGAGGAAGCCUGGAAUGAACUGUUCCUGCUCUGUGCUAUCCAGUGGUCCAUGCCCCUGGAGGGCUGCCCUUUGUUAUCAUCACCUGAACUCUCUCUCAGCCCUCAGGGAAAGAGCAGCUCCACUAUGGCAGAUGUUCGCAUUCUGCAGGAGACCAUCGGCCGCUUCAAGGCCCUUGUUGUGGAUCCGACAGAGUUCGCCUGCCUGAAAGCGGUGGUGCUGUUUAAACCAGAAACACGAGGCUUGAAGGACCCUGAGCAGGUUGAGAAUCUGCAAGAUCAGUCACAGGUGAUGCUGGGUCAGCACAGUCGGACGCACUACCCCAUCCAGCCGGUCAGGUUUGGGAAGUUGCUUCUGCUCCUGCCUUCACUGCGCUUUGUCUCAGCAGAACGAAUUGAACUGCUGUUCUUUCACAGGACCAUUGGCAACACUCCCAUGGAGAAACUUCUUUGUGACAUGUUUAAGAGCUGAACUUCCUAAAUGGUCCCUUUAGAUUGUCCUAUUAUUUCAUCUUCUCUAGAGGGCGCACAAUAAAAUUAUUUCCCCUGCUUUC